CGGUUUAACUGGUAGGCUACCUGCGCUACGCCGUUAUAUUUCUGCGCAUGCGCGUCCUCACCUGGCGGUUCCUGAUCUGUUUAGGUUGAAACUUUUUGCGUGGCACUAAAGGUCUGAACGCUCGUAUGUGAAAGGCCUUGGCUGAUUUUUACAAUUAAGGAAGUGUGUUAAAAGGUGGUGUCGACAACUGGAAACAGGAGUUUAAAAUGGCAACGUUUAACUGAUGGAUAAAUGUGAGUAGACAACACUCCCGUUAUCGCAAGGAUCUACGUUAAAUAACAUACAUAGGAAAUCAAGGAUAAGUCAUAUUCGCGAAAAUGCCUCGAGCGUUCCUGGUUAAAAAGGUGAACAUCACUCCUGGAAAGAAAAAUUGGAGUCAUCUUCCAGAUUCUGUGCGUGGUGACAUAGAGAUACCAUUGUCUCUUUUUCCAUCAUAUGUGCAUGAGGUCUCAGAGGGCAGCCUUGCAGAGCACUCCUGCUUCACAACUCCCCCAAAAAACAACAAAUUUCUACAGGUUCAGACACACGUCCUGUCUGCACAGCUGCCAUCCUCUGCUGCACAAGGUCAACAUGAUCAAAGAUCAGAGUGUCGAAUGAGAACCCAGAGAGUGCCUUACUUUCGCUCAAAGAUAAAGAUAACUACUGGAAAUAUACCUCCUGUUCCACCGGUCAUUUCAGAAAAUUCAAGCGAAUUAGCAGAUAUUCCACCUGAUCCAUCUGUAUUUACCUGCCAAGAAUGCGAAAAGACAUUUAGCACAGCACGUAUGCUAAAACGACAUGCAAAAUGUCACAGUGAAACAAAGAGAUACUCUUGUGAGCACUGUGGAAAAGGAUUUAAUGAUGCUUUUGACUUAAAGAGACAUGUGCGUACUCAUACUGGUGUGCGACCCUAUAAGUGCACUUUGUGUGCUAAGGCCUUCACCCAGCGCUGCUCCUUAGAAUCUCACCUAAAGAAGAUCCAUGCAAUUACUCAACAGUAUGCCUACAAAGAGCGCAGGGACAAAUUGUAUGUAUGUGAGGAGUGUGGUUUGACUGCACAGACACAGGACAACCUGUGGAAUCACAUUCAAGCUGAACAUCCACAAAGCAGACUAAUAACGAACAAGACAAUAGACUUCAAGGAAGGCAACACAUCAAGUUAGAUCAAGACAACUCCACAAAUAUGAAUGACACCGCCAGCUAAAAAUGAAAAGAUUAGGCUAAUUUAUAAGAAUGAAUUAUAUUGUUAUUCUUGUGUGCACUUUUGUACUGUCAUUAAUUUUGAGCAGAACCAAAUGAACCUGUCGGACUGAAGACAAUGAUUUUGAUGCAUUAAUUAUCACUGAAGGAUAUUGGUAACAAAUUAUUUUGUAUGUCCAAUGUAUCACGCGUUUAUUUAUGAAUCAUUGCUUGGUUGUGAAGAAUGCUUUUUUAUAGUUAAAUACUCAAUACUUCAUACAGUUUUUUAAAAAGGUACAAGCUGUUAAAAUGCUCUUUAACAUUUCUGAUAAAUACAGCUUGUCUGUGUGUUGUCAUGUCAUGUUACCUUAGGAAAUAAACCAUGUUUCUGUUAUAGUAAAAGUAUUGUAAUAAAUGUAUGGGUGGAUUGAUUACAUUACCUUAUAGUUUAUACUUUGGAAAAAAUGAUUGUUUGUUUCAACUUUCCAUUUUUUUUCCUCCAACCAUUGGUUGACACUGAUUUUUUUGU